AUGACGACACCGACAGCGGGAGCGUACGGGCGGCAGGGUCAUCAGCCCCGCCACUCCGGGUCAUACGGGACGUCAGAAGGAGCAGCUGCGAGCCGCGGCCGCACACGGCACACGCUCCUCCUCUGUUUUGUGCACGGCUUCAAGGGCGACGCGGACACGUUUGGGCCGCGGUCGCGGUUUGCGCACGAGCUGGGGCGACGGGUGGCAGUAUCGCUGCCGCGCGUGGACGUGCGGGUGGCCGUCUACCCGCCGUACCAGACGCGGGGCGACCUGGCGGCGACGGUGGUUCGCCUGCGCGACUGGCUGACCGAGACGGUCGUCGACCUCGAGGUGGCGGCCGGCACGCCCAGCCCGACGGUCGAGCCGUCGGUCCGGUGCGUGUUGAUGGGCCACUCCAUGGGUGGCAUCGUGUCGGCCGACGUGUUGCUGUCGCUGGUGGGCGACCGGCGGGUGGGCGACAGCGACACGGAUAACACAGACAAGGAGCUCAACGGGCUCAUGUUUCCGUACGUACAGGCCGUGCUCGGCUUCGACACGCCGUACCUGGGCAUCGCGCCCGGCGUUGUGGCCCAUGGCGCACAGGACCGCUACGCGGCCACGACGGCGGCCUUUUCGCAGAUCAGCAGCCUGGCCGAGGCACUGCUGGGCAAAGCUGGCGGAGCCGGAGGGGGCGAGCAACAGGGAGGAGAGCAGGCCAGAGCGGGGAUCACCAGGACCGAAAGUGGAACGGGAACGGGAACGGGAACCGAAUCCGGUCCCAGAACGGCGAGAAUGGCAAGAAGUGCAACGGCCCCCUCCACCUCCACCACAUCCACGCCCUCUUCCGCCUGGGGCUGGGGCAGGAUUGCGCUGGUGGCCGGGGCCAGCGCUCUGGCCAGCGGAGCUGCUGCCGCCGUGGCCUAUCGCAACCGCGACCACCUGACCGAGGGCUGGUCCUGGGUCUCGUCGCACCUCGAGUUCGUCGGCUGUCUCGCCCGCGGUGAAGACCUGCGGCGUCGCAUCGCCCGCAUUCAACAGGCCCAUCGCCAGCUCGGCGUCGGCUUCGGCAACCUCUACACCCGCCUCGGCCGUGCUGCCCCGUCCAAGCAGACCCAGACGGCCACCGGCGCCAACGACCUGCUCCUGCUGCCGUCUGAGCGCACCUUUUGCGUCCUGCCCAGCCGCGAACCCGCCGGCGACUGGCGCGAGGCCGUCAACGAUGAUGCCACCGACGAGACUCGCGCCCACAUGAGCAUGUUCACCCCCGCCGGUAACCCAAACUACGACCGCCUGCUCGCCGACGCCUGCGACAUGGUCUCCCUCUGGACCCGCGGCUCCCAGUGCCUCUGCCUUGAGCCGACGCAGAACCUUGCGCCGCUGGGCCAGCAUGUGCGUGUACAGGAUGUAGGACCCAGGCACAUACACGGCCAGCACGGCGUAGAGCGCGGCCGGGUACAGCGGGUGCAGAGUGGCGGCCGCGCUGGGCGUGGUGGCAGCCAGGUAGACGAGCCGCACCUCGGAGCUGAUGCCGACCGGAUACAGCACCAGGAACGUGCUGUAGCGCAGGGCCGUGAACCAGGACGGCGGCGGCCGUUCGGGCCCGCGCGCGAGACUGAGGGCAAAAACGGACUCGACGUCGUCUCGGCCGGAAACGGGUACACAAUGGCCCACACGAGCAGCAGCCGGCUGGCCACCUGCAUGGCCGUCGUAAACAGGGGCGCGCGAACUAUGCCUGCGAGGCUGUCAGCGAUUGUCAUUGAGAUCGGCAUCAUCGUUGCAGGAGCGCCCAUACCCAGCACCGAGUGCACCACCUCCAGCAGAGCAAUGGUCUGCGUGCAGCGCAGAAAGUCGUCCACCACAAUCGGCACAAAGGCCGGCCCGCGGAGACCCGCCACAAUGGCCGUGCGGCCCAGCACUGUCGUCCACAGGAUGGCCGAGAUGAAGUUGUAG